AGAACCAUUCAUCCUUUUUCUUUCUCCGUAUCACCAAAAUAAGAAACUCAGCUUAGUAAUCGUAAGGAAUUGCAUGUUUAGGAGACAAAGCAUGACCGCGUUUUACCCAUUAAUCCUUUUUAGUCAUUUUUCAUUUUUCUCUUUCACUCUUCCACCUCCAAACAACACGGGGGUGGGGGGCCGGACUGUUGACAUCGGAAAACCAAGAAGAUCAACAACCACGGCCCACCACCACCACCACCGCCACCUCAUUGUCCUCCUCCUCCUCCUCCUCCUCCACCGACUGCACCACCAGCCAUGAGGAGGUAAGCUCCUUAUCGUCGUUAUCAUCACCGACAUCUUCCAUUGCCGUCUUCAUCUUCAUAAUCAAUUUCAAUGGUAACGAUGACAGCAACUCAGCUCCUCUUGGUGGUCUUAUGCAUUUCGUUGUUAUUCCUCAACGUCGUAGCGGGCUCUGCUUCCAUCCCUUACAUCCCAGAGGACAAUUACCUUAUCGACUGCGGUUCUUCGGCCACAUCCAACCUCGAUGAUGGUAGAACCUUCAAUUCAGACCAAAAAUCCGCUCCUUACCUAUCCACCAAGAAAGAGAUCCAGAUCUCUGCCCCCUUCCCUAAUGCCAACGUCCCGUCCCCUAUCUAUCUAACAGCCAGGAUCUUCGAGGAAGAAUCAACCUACGCCUUCCAAUUGACUCGCCCUGGUUGGCACUGGAUUCGCCUCCAUUUCUUCCCCAUAAACAACUCCGAUUUUGAUCUCACUCGUUCAAUCUUCUCUGUAGAGACCGAUGAGGUCGUCCUCCUUCACAGCUUCAGUGCCACUAACACCACCAAAUGGAUCAUGAAAGAGUACCUCCUCAACAUCACCACCGAGAACCUCUCCAUCAAGUUCUCUCCUCUUCGCAAAUCUUUCGCCUUCAUCAAUGCCCUUGAGGUUGUCUCCGCCCCUGACAGCCUCAUCCCCGACGUCUGCUCCUCCCUCGUCCCCAUCGGUUACUUCUCCGGUCUCUCCACCUACUCAUAUCAAACCAUGUACCGGCUCAACAUGGGUGGCAGCUUGAUCACUCCCCAAAACGACACGCUAGGUCGUGUUUGGGAGCCUGACCUAAAGUUCCUCAAGAUUAGGGGCUUAGCCAACACCAUCUCUGUUUCUCCAAGCACCGUCACAUACCCCGAUGGCCUCUCCCCCUUGAUUGCACCAAGCUUAGUAUAUGCCACUGCUACUGAGAUGGCUCAUGUCCGUGUCAUCAAUCCAAACUUUAACGUUACCUGGAACUUCAACAUCGAUCCUGCCUUUAGCUACCUCCUCCGCCUCCACUUCUGUGACAUAAUCAGCAAGUCCCUCAAUGAUCUCUACUUCAAUGUCUACAUCAACGGCCAGAAAGCCAUUUCUGGCCUAGACCUUUCUAGCAUCACCUCUGGCCUGGCCAUUUCUUACUACAAGGACAUCAUUGUCAAUUCUUCCAUGUUGUUAUCAGACAAGCUGAAAAUCCAAAUAGGCCCAGUAAACCAGAACACUGGCUCUGUCAAUGCCAUCCUUAAUGGGUUAGAGGUUCUAAAGAUGAGUAACUCAUUGGAAAGCUUAGAUGGGGAGUUUGGAGUAAAUGGAUCCCAAGAGGCCUCCUCGACGAUGAACCGUGGGACUGUGGCAGCAGUCGGGUUCGCGAUGAUGUUCGGAGUAUUUGUGGGGCUUGGAGCAAUGGUAAUCAAGUGGCGCAAGAUGCCCCAAAACUGGGAUUCCAAGAAUCAUAGCUUCUCAUCAUGGUUGCUUCCUCUCCAUGGUGGUAACUCGACCUUUGUGACCAAUAGUAAGACAUCCAUUGGGUCCAAUAAGGGUGGAAAUGGAAAUGGAAAUGGCAACUUCUACUCGUCCUCCCAAGGAUUUGGUCGUUACUUCUCCUUUGCAGAACUGAAGGACGCAACAAAGAACUUUGAUCAGAAAGCAGUGAUUGGGGUGGGAGGAUUUGGGAACGUCUACUUAGGAAACUUAGAUGAUGGAACCCAAGUGGCAGUCAAGCGAGGGAACCCACAAUCCGAGCAAGGGAUCGACGAGUUCCAAACGGAGAUCCAAAUGCUAUCCAAACUAAGGCAUAGGCACUUAGUGUCCUUGAUUGGUUACUGUGAUGAGAAUUCAGAGAUGAUACUAGUAUAUGAGUACAUGUCCAAUGGUUCUUUAAGAGAGCACCUGUAUGGGACAAACCUCUCUCCACUGUCAUGGAAGCAAAGGUUGGAGAUAUGUAUAGGAGCAGCAAGAGGGUUACAUUACCUUCAUACGGGUGCAGCACAAGGGAUCAUACAUAGAGACGUGAAGAGCACUAACAUCCUAUUGGAUGAGAACCUAAUAGCUAAAAUGUCAGAUUUCGGGUUAUCCAAGACAGCUCCUACCAUGGGGCUGACCCAUGUGAGCACGGCUGUGAAGGGAAGUUUUGGGUAUCUUGACCCAGAGUACUUUAGGCGUCAACAACUAAAUGACAAAUCUGAUGUCUACUCAUUUGGUGUAGUGUUACUAGAGGUGCUAUGUGCAAGGCCGGCCAUCAACCCUGCACUGCCUAGGGAACAAGUGAACCUAGCGGAGUGGGGGAUGCAGUGGAAGAGAAAAGGGUUGUUAGAUAAGAUUAUUGAUACCCACUUAGUGGGAGUCAUCAACCCAGAGUCUAUGAAGAAGUUUGCUGAAGCUACUGAGAAGUGUUUGGCAGAGUAUGGUGUGGAUAGACCAACCAUGGGGGACGUUCUUUGGAAUCUUGAGUACGCAUUACAGCUACAGGAGGCUUCUUGCCAAGGGAAGAUGGAGGAGGAAAAAAGAAGAAUGGAAGCUGCCACUAUUGGAUCUGCUGUGGUUGUCCCAACUGCAAAUGCAAAUGCAAAUGCAAAUGAAGAUAAUCACAUGGUAGUAUCCUCUGGCCUUGAAGGAGAUGGUGAAACAGCCCAAGUCAUCCAUGCCAUCGAAGAGCAUUCAGGAACUGCAAUGUUCGCUAAGCAAAUUAUGGACAUCAAAGGGCGAUAAAUUUACAUGUUUAUUCUGCCUAUUUGGACAAUAUUACCUUAACCAUUUAAACUCUCUCUCCCCUUCUUUUAUUUUGCUUUUUGUUUUUAGUUUUUCAGUUUUUCAGUUUUUUUUUUUUUUUUUUUUUUUUUUUUUUAAUUUUUUCUUUUUCUGUUUCAACUUAGGAUUAGAGUGGGAAGAAAAGGAAUCCUUUAAUAAAAUGUCAUACAUCUGUUUAUGCUCGUCUUGUUAUUCCAUUGUUCAAUUUUUCUU